AUGAAGAAGAAGUCGGAGGAGACACGGGAGGUGCCAUGGGCUACAGCACACGCCGAGGCCCAACAGCAAUCCAUCAACAACAAAACCGCAUCGCAGGAAGCCGUCGACCGCAUUCUACAGCUACGACAGAUCCAGGCGGACAGGGUGAAGACGAGCAACAACGAGAUCAUACGUGUAACUAGCGAGAAGCUCGAACCCAACCCAUGGCUCCACCGCGUCGGAUGGGCCGAGCAUCUACGUGGGCUAGACGCCAAUACGCUCUUUAAGACAACAGAAGCUAUUCGGGAGGAAGAGACGACACUACAGCGGAUGUGGGAGACGGUCAGUACGGUGCUGGACCAGUCGCGGGCCGCAUCAGGGCCCAACACCGUCGGACACGCCGUGCUAUUUGAGGCGCAGCGGAGCGAGGCCCACGUCAAGCCGAGACGGCCAUUCGACAACCGCAUGGAGGAGGAUACGUGGACGAGGUAUAAGGACGUGUGGCGAGUGCUGCUCUGUAUCUGGUUCCGCACACAGGAGAUGACGGAUGAGGAACGGCCGCCGUAUAAGCUCACGACGCAACAGGAGGAUACGUGGGACCGGUUUGAGCAGCUCGCCGAAGCAGCGGAUACCGACGCAGCCCGUAUACCACAGCAGGAGAGGGAACAGGCAGGGCUAAGAAUGCUCAUGGCAAUGCUGGACCAUCAACUCAAAGCAAGCCACUACGACAACGCUUUAAUCAGCGCUUUGGCCGUCAUGGGCAUCUCGGAAGACGGCGGAUGGGUGGACAUCAGAGACUACACGGGCAAGUACUCGGCAGUCGUCAAGGUCGCCCGUAUGCUGGUCAUACAGCAGGCGUGCUCGGAGCGGCGCGACGAGGUAGCGCGGCUGGCGGAAGACAUCGGACAGGACGCGGCCGAAGACGGGGCGACAAGCUUGUUCCAGCACGUGCGGAGGAAGGUACGGCGCUUCAUGACGCGGACUUCGGGUGACAAGGACGCGGAGCCGACGCCGAUGGACUGGAUCUUGGAGACGCGCACGUACGGCAUGCAUAUCCAGUUCAACACGGCGUCGGCCGGCGUGAUCGACUGGGUCGGGGAUCGUGUGUCGUAUAGACGGGUACAAUUCACGAUGGGCCAGCUAUCGGAUGCGUUACACGAGCUUGUGCGGGAAGCGCGGGGGUUGCUGGCGGAGCUGACGAUGACGGACGGGCCAGACGGCACGGAAGUAGAGCCAACAGGACGGCUGCCGGACAUCCCAUGGGCGUCCAUCUCAGACGACCACAGCGAGACCAAGGCGGGCUACUCAUUCAUCUCGGACGACCGUAACGAGUGGGUUCGAAAGGCGGACGGCUGGCUGUUCCACCGAAUAGCCGGCUCAGCCGCCAUGAGGCGCCGGUGGGGACUGGAGAGCUCCGGAGAGGACGGUCCGGCAUUCCAACCGGGUGCGACCAGGGAGUAUAAGCAUACGUUCGAGCAGUUCCGCGAGCGUCUGUGGAUGCUGCUGCAUACGCUCGGGGGGCAGCCGGGACGGGCAACAGAGAUGGGAGGACUCCGGAUGGUGAACACGGCCAACGGAGGGGUCCGUAACGUGUUCAUCCACGACAAGAUGGCGUGCUUCGUGACGGCGUAUCACAAGGGCUACCGGGCGACCAGCAGCGCCAAGGUGAUCCAUCGAUAUCUGCCGAGGGAGGUGGGCGAGCUACUGGUGUGGUAUCUAUGGCUCGUCUUGCCGUUCUGGCAAGAGGUCGAGGGGAUCACGACGGGAUCAGGCCGGUAUAGCGCGUUCUUAUGGGCGGACGAAACAGUACAACAGGCGUCAGGGACGGCAUCAGCGGCCAGAGACGCGGACGCGGAGAGCAUGACGGGCAAUAGCAACGCAGGUGAGGGAGCAGGGCCAGCAGACGAAGAGGACGUGGGAGCGUGGAGCUGGAAGGAGGAGCGCACAUGGACGACGGACCGGGCACGUCGUAUCAUGCAGCGUACCAGCGCACGGCUGCUCGGGAACCAGGUCAACGUGAGCAUGUGGCGGCAUAUCGCGAUCGGAAUCGCCAACCGGUAUCUAAAUGAGGCUUUCGGGCGGGAGAGGGAAGAUGGCAGGGCAGGCGGCAACGGGGACGACGAGGACGACGAGCUCGGAGACAGCGCGUGGGACUUGCAAGCGGGACACAGCACGCGAUUGGCGGGCAUGAUCUACGCACGGGAGCUCAUGCAGUUCGGCAGCGGGCUCGCGGCGAAGCGGCAGCAGUUCCGUCAGGUCAGCCGGCAGUGGCAUCGGUUCUUGGGUUUCGGGGCGGAAGACCGCGGGACGGCGGGCGGCGGGGUAGGGACGAAGCGGAAAGCAGAAGCAUACGACGGACCGCGGCUCGAGGCAAGGCUCCGACGGUUCGAGCGGCUGAGGCGGGCCGACUUCACGGGACAACUGAGGCAGAUGACGGGCGACGAGUCGAGCGAGUUCCGUGGCAACCAGCGGCAGGCGGUGCUCGCCAUCGCCAACGGCCACAGCCCCGUCGUCCAGGUCAUGGGCACGGGGGGCGGGAAGAGCGUGUCGUUCAUGCUGCCGGCGUUCUGCUCGCCAGACGGGGUCACGGUGGUGAUCACGCCGCUGGUGGCGCUCCGGACGGACAUGCACAUGCGCUGCGUCAGGGCGGGCAUCACAUCGCACGUGUGGCAGAGCCGGAAGAACAACCAGGCGGCAUCGAUCGUGUUCGUGACGCCCGAGUCGGCCAUUACGAAGGGGUUCAGGGACUUCAUCGCGCAACUGCAGGGCAGGCAAGCGUUGGACCGGGUGGUAGUGGACGAGUGCCGGCGGGUUGUGUUGGACCGCGUAAUGGACGGACGGACAGACCGGUUUGGGUGUGAGGAUGGAGAAGAGCUUUGCGACGUCUGCCGAGGGUGGUCUUUAGGGGAUAAGGAGCGAGACGACGAUGAGAAGGGUAGUAGAGGCAACGACACAGCAGGCCAGGCAGCAUUUCACAGACAGGAGCGACAGAUGCAGGUUGGGCGAUGGCAAGUGUCCCAGGAGAUGAUGAGGGAGAGCGAGGAAGUUGAUAGCUUUCUACGCAGGAUAUACCAACAGUGCGGAAAGUGUUUAUUAUGCUCCGGAGAGGAGGAAGACGGCCACGAGUUCGAGCAGUGCCCACGGAGGGAGGCAGACGAGUGGAGACAAAUCCAGGAGAGGGUGCAGCUGGUGGAGCGGGAGAUGUUCAGUAAGAAGCGAUUCGAGCGGUUCUCAGGAUGCUUCAACUGCGGUCUCCCGCAAGACGUAUGCGCGCGGUGGGAGGCGGAGGCAGAGGAUGGAGGCAGGUUCCGUCGACUUAAGGGGGCUAUAUGCCAGUUCAGCCGCACGCUCGUAGGGUUGUUCUCGGCCAGCAUAGCCAGGCUGCCGGAGGCGCAGUGGAGCGGUGUGACGGAGGAGGCAAUGGAGGCGGAAGGGGUCAGCUUUAGAGAGCAAGAGGACGAGGGCCAGAGCCGGUUCUAUCAGUGGCUCGGGGGCCGUAUACAAUGGGGUGGGCUUGAGAGCAGCCGGCUUUGCCAGUUAACAUACUUAUUACAGUGUGAGCUAGAUAAAGAGCAAGAGUGGGUUUUUUAG